AUGGUAAAAUUAUACCCAGAAUUAAAAUGUGGGUUUCAUUCAAUAUUGGAACCAAUGGCGCCAAAUAAUGUCAAUGCAUUUAAUCCAUGUUUUUUAUUAUAUACUAUAUCAAUAUUGGGAAUAUGCUUUUUGCUAUGGGGUAUAUCUACAUAUAACGAAUUAUUUAAACAAAGGAGAUAUGGUAAUUUCUCGCUAAAAAGUGUUGGGUUCAAACAAUAUUUCAAACUUGCCUUUUUAAUGAUUGAAAUUUUUUUAUUUUUGUAUUUAUCUAGUUUUAUUAGCAUACAUGAAAGAUUGGCUGAUCAAAAAGUAAUAGCAUUUGGGUUGAUUAAUUUAGUGUUAUUAUUUGUCAUACUACCUUCACAAAUUUUGGAAACUUCAUAUUCAUCUGUUCAAUUAAGUAUAUUAUUGAUUUUUUGGCCAUGUUUUACUGUUCUUGAUAUAAUGGUUUAUUUUCAAAAUAAUUUCACUUCAUGGGUGAUUAUUCAAUAUUCCAAUCCAGUUAUUGAAGUUUUACUUAUUUUAAAUUCGAUAAAUAUUUUCAUUAUGGAGUAUUAUUAUUAUAAACCUAAUUCUGAAUUGAUUAAAGAGUACAAAAAACAAGGAGAAGGUAUUAAAUUAGAGGAACCAAAUAUUAUCCAAAGAGUAACAUUCACUUGGAUGAAUGAGCUUAUAGUUAACACGUAUAAGAAUAAAACCGUCACUAAUGCAGAAUUACCCAAUAGUCCAGAAGAAAUAACAACAUCUUAUGCAACCAAAUUAUUAGAAUCUCAUUGGACUGGUGGAAAUUUAUUCACUAGUAUAUUAAAAUCCUUUGGUAUUGGUUUACUUAUUGCAUUCUGGUAUGAAAUUAUUGCAAGAGCCUUGAACUUUGUUAAACCUCAAUUAUUAAGGUAUUUUAUUUUAUUUUUCACUAUUCCUAACCCACCUAUACUAAGAGGGUUAUUAAUAUGUCUUGGGAUAUUUGCCAGUACUGUUUUUCAAAAUACUAUGAAUAAUAAAUAUAUGUUACGAAAUUUAGAGAAUAGUUUAAAUAUUAGAAGUUCAUUAACUUCUUUAGUUUAUAAAAAAUCAUUAAACUUGUCUAGUGAAAGUAAAUCUAGUUUUAAUUCAGGUGAUAUAAUGAAUUUAAUGUCAGUUGAUGUCAACAGAAUAUCAUAUGCUAUGUUGAGUAUAAGUGCAUUAUUUUAUACACCAUUUGAUGUGAUAGUUGGAUUAAUUUCAUUAUGGCCGUUGUUAGGUUCAUCAACAUUAGCUGGGUUUUUGGCAAUUGCAUUAAUCGUCCCCAUCAACGCUGUUUUAGUUAAAUAUAUCACCAAAAUGAACAAACAACAAAUGAAAUUAAAAGACCAAAGAACAAGUAUAAUAAACGAGAUAUUAACAACUAUAAAAAGCAUUAAGUUGUAUGCAUGGGAAAAACCUAUGCUUGCUAAAUUAUCAGAAGCUAGAAAUGAUAAAGAACUCAAAAAUUUAAGAAAAGUUAGAUUUUUCAACCAGUGUUCGAAUUUUAUUUGGUCUAUGAUUCCUAUAAUGAUGAAUUUGCUUUGUUUUGGAUGUUUCGUAUUAACUCAAAAAAAGCCAUUGACUUCAGAUAUUGUGUUUCCUGCUAUAACUUUAUUAAAUUUGAUCUCAUCGCCAAUUUUGGAUUUACCUGACACUAUUAAUUCUUUAAUUGAAGGGAAAGUGGCAUUAGAUAGAGUUAGGAAAUUCUUGGUAUGUAAAGAGCUUGAUGAAAAUUUAAUAACUUAUGGUGGUGAUAAAGCAGUUGAGAUAAAAGAUGCUUCAUUUUAUUGGAAAAGAGAUAGUUAUAAAGAUGAUCAACAAGAGGUACCACAUGCUUUAAAAGAUGUCAAUUUUGAAGUUAAUAAAGGAGAUUUGGCAUGUGUUGUUGGUAAAGUAGGCAGUGGUAAAACAUCAUUAUUGUAUGCAUUAUUGGGUCAAAUGAUCACAGUUGGUAAACACCCAAUAAUUAAUAUUAAUGGUUCUGUAGCUUAUUGUGCACAAAGUCCAUGGAUUAUGAAUGCAUCAGUUAAAGAAAACAUUUUAUUUGGUCAUAGAUACGAUUCUGAAUAUUAUAAUUUAGUUAUAGAAGCCUGUCAAUUAGAACAAGACUUAAGAAUAUUACCAGAUGGUGAUGAUACUCAAGUUGGUGAAAAGGGAGUAAGUUUAUCUGGUGGUCAAAAAGCUAGGUUAUCCAUUGCAAGAGCAGUUUAUGCUCGUGCAGACAUCUACUUGUUGGAUGACAUUUUGUCUGCUGUUGAUUCUCAUGUUGGUAAAAAUAUUAUUGAAAAAGUUAUUUCGAAAAAUGGUUUGUUGGGUUCAAAGACAAUUAUCUUAUGUACUAAUUCAGUUCUGGUUUUAAAAUAUUCAGAUAGUAUCACGAUGAUUGAAAAUGGUCAUAUUGUCGAAACUACAACAUACAAGGAAGUAAAUGAACAAAGUCAUCCACAAUUGUACAACUUAAUCACAACGUUCAGUAAAAAUGAGGAAGAAUCAUCACCAACACCAUCAGAUUCUAGUGAAAGCCUCGUGGAAACAAAACAUAGAAGAGCAAGUAUUGAGACAUUCAAUUGGGACCCUUUACAAAAACUAUUGCCAAACUUAAAAACGGGCCAAACUCAAGAAACUAGUCAAAAGGGGAAAGUUAAAUGGGAUGUUUACGUCACGUAUCUCAAAGCAUGUUCUAUUCCAGGUAUUUUCAUAUGGAUCUUUGUUUUAUUAUUAUCUAAUUGUUUAUCUAUUGGUAGUAACUAUUGGUUGAAACAUUGGACUGAAGAAAAUUCCGAGUCGGGAUCAAAUCAAAACAUCUGGGAAUUUUUAAUUAUAUAUGCUUGUUUGGGAAUUGGUGCUACUUUUAUGAUGGUUACAAGAUCAUUAAUUAUGAAACUAUGGUUGGGUAUCAACGCGUCCAAAAAGAUUCAUGAUGAAAUGGCAAUUAGAGUUUUAGGAUCGCCUAUGGAAUUUUUUGAAAGAACUCCUGUUGGUCGUAUAAUGAAUCGUUUCACUAAUGAUAUAAAUAGAAUUGAUGAUAAUAUACCAAAUACUUUUGCUGGAUUUGUUGCUCAAAUAAUGAGAACUUUUUUGAAUUUAAUUGUUGUCAGUUUGGCUAUACCUGCUUAUGCUAUUGUUAUUUUGGUAUUGGGGUUAAUUUACUACUAUUAUGAAACUUAUUAUGUUGCUAUUUCUAGAGAGUUAAAAAGACUAGUUAGCGUUUCUAGAUCCCCCAUCUAUGGUCAUCUAGGUGAAUCUUUAAAUGGUAUAGAUACUAUUCGAGCUUAUGGACAAGAUGAAAGAUUUAAAUUUAUAAUGAACAAGAUCAUUGAUUUUAAUUUAAAAUCUCAAUACAUGCUUACAUCAAUAAACAGAUGGUUAUACUUCAGACUACAAGUCAUUGGAGGACUAGCAGUAUUAUCAGCUUCAAUAAUGUUAAUAUCAACUACAAAAACAUCAAGUCCUUUAACUUCAUCAAUGGCGGGCUUUUUAAUGACAUAUGCAUUACAAGUCACUGGUUCCUUAAGAGUGGUUGUUAGACAAUCAGCUGAAGUUGAAACUAGUAUUGUUGCUGUGGAAAGAUGUCUUGAAUAUACUGAGUUGAAAUUGGAGGAACAACCUAUAAAGAAAAUUGUUCCACCUUUAAAUUGGCCAACUAAUGGGGAAAUAACGUUUAAUAAUUAUUCAACAAGGUAUAGAGAAAACCUAGAUCUUAUUUUGAAAAACAUCACAUUAUCUAUAAAACAAAAUGAAAAAAUCGGAGUUGUUGGUAGAACAGGAGCUGGUAAAUCUUCCCUAGCAUUAGCUAUAUUUCGUAUAAUUGAACCAGUUGACGGUCAUAUUGAAAUAGAUAAUUUGAAUACUAGUCUAAUCUCAUUAUUUGACUUAAGACAUAGAUUAGGUAUUAUUCCACAGGAUUCUCAAUUAUUUCAAGGUACGAUUAGACAAAAUUUAGAUCCUUUUGGGUAUUACAAAGAUGAAGAGAUAUGGAAAGCCUUGGAGUUAGCUCAUUUAAAAGAUCAUGUUACAAAAUUACAAUCAGAAGAUGGUAACAAGUUGUUAUGUAAAGUAGACGAAGGAGGUUCGAAUUUUUCUCAAGGUCAAAGACAAUUAAUGUCACUAGCUCGUGUCCUUCUUAAAAUGAACAAUUCACAAAUCUUACUAAUGGAUGAAGCUACUUCAAGUAUCGAUAAUCAAACAGAUAAAUUCAUUCAAAAAACUAUACGUUCACAAUUUCAAAACAAAACCAUCAUCACUAUAGCGCAUAGAAUCGAUACUAUUAUGGAUAGUGAUAAAAUUAUUGGGUUAGAUCAAGGUGAACUAAUUGAAUUUGAUACUCCUGCUAAUCUUUUGGAAUCAAAAGAAGGUGUGUUUUAUGGGUUAUGUAAACAAGGUGGUUAUUUAUAG